UAUAAUGGUCGCAAAGUAGUGGGCGGCUUUGCGGGCCAUUUUCUCGCGACCUUCUCACGCAAGCACAACUUUUCGCUCUACGAGCCACUGCCUAUCUCCUCGUAUACACAAUUCGCUCCAGCACAGGAUUUGAUUGCCGCCGUGCGUAAUAAUACCGUAGAGAUAUCUGCAGCUCACACCUUCCCAACGGGUUCCUUCGAGGGGUUUUCUUACCCUUUCGAGCAGGUUAGUUGGUGCGUUUGUACACCGGUAGAGGCAGAUAUCCCGAACUAUAAAUUCUUUUGGAUCGUCUUCGAGAGAUUCGCCUUCGUACUGGUACUGGGUGCACUCGUCGUUAUUUCCUUAGUGCUAAGUUGUGCGCUCUGGCAGCAUGGCAAUAAACCGAGUCUUUUGCAUUUCUUUCUACAUGGCGCUUGCUUUCGUGGUGUACUGGGUCAGUCUGCUCGGGAGAUAUGUGGCGCUCCCUUCGUUAUACGAUUCAUUUAUCUACAAAUUUAUAUUUUUGGUAUUCUGCUAACCACUUCGUAUAAUUCACAUUUUGCGUCUUAUUGGACGAGUGCACCGAAGGAGCAGGCAUUGCAAACUUUCGACGAUAUUCUCCAUUCAAACUGGAAAAUUUAUGUUUUUUCACAGGAGUUAGAAGCAAUCAAAGCUCGUAAGGAGUGGAGAAAAUAUAUUCCCAUGUUUCAAACAGAAACAAAUUAUCAAACAUUCUUGGAUGCUCUCGGACCAGUUUCUAACAACAAAAAUGAUAAAACAACUGGUGGAGGACAAGUAGCCUACGAGAAGUUGCGUUAA